AUGCAAAAGCCAGUAGCCUCGAGAAUCCCGCAAGGAGUGGGCGCUGUGCCCCCGCCCGGCAUGGACCCCAGGAAAGGGAAGCUGAUGUGCAUCAAGGUCCGGAUGCUCGACGACACUGUCGCUGUUUUUCAUUUGGGAGUGAGUUACAGCAUGGUUUUUAAUCGAAUUUUUACUUUUUUUGAAACUUUUUUAUCUUUGCACUGUGCAGAUUGUUCGAAAAAUUUUGCACUGUGCAAAAAUUUUUUUUGAUUUUGCACCGUGCGGCCUUGUCGAAAAGUUCUUGCACUGUGCAGAUUUUUCGACAAAUUAUGCACUGUGAGAAAAUUAAUUUUUUUUUGACUUUGCACCGUGCGGAUUGUAGAAUUUUUUGCACCGUGCGGGAUUUUCGGAAAUUUAUAGUUAAUUGCACUGUGCAAAUUUUUCGAAAAAUUUUGCACUGUGCGAAAAUUUUUUUUGAUUUUGCACCGUGCGGACUUGUCGAAAAGUUCUUGCACAGUGCAGAUUUUUUUUAAAAUUUUGCACUGUGCAAAUUUUUUUUUGAUUUUGCACCGUGCGGAUUUUAUAAUUUUUUUGCACCCUGCGGGAUUUUCGGAAAUUUAUAGUUCCUUGCACAGUGCGGAUUUUUCGGAAAAUUUCGCACUGUGCAAAUUUUUUUUUUGAUUUUGCACCGUGCGAAUUUCAUCAUUUUUUGCACCGUGCGGGAUUUUCGGAAAUUUGUAGUUCCUUGCACAGUGCGAAUUUUUCGGAAAAUUUCGCACUGUGCAAAAAAUUUUUUUGAUUUUGCACCGUGCGGCCUUGUCGAAAAGUUCUUGCACAGUGCGGAUUUUUCGAAAAAUUCUGUACUGUGCAAAUUUUUUUUGAUUUUGCACCGUGCGAAUUUCAUCAUUUUUUGCACCGUGCGGGACUUUCGGAAAUUUGUAGCUCCUUGCACAGUGCGGAUUUUUCGAAAAAUUUUGCACUGUGCGAAAAUUUUUUUGACUUUGCACCGUGCGGACUUGUCGAAAAGUUCUUGCACAGCGCAGAUUUUUUAAAAAAUUUUGCACCGUGCGAAUUUCGUUAUUUUUUGCACCGUGCGGGAUUUUCGGAAAUUUGUGGUUCCUUGCACAGUGCAGAUUUUUCGAAAAAUUUUGCACUGUGCGAAAAUUUUUUUGACUUUGCACCGUGCGGAUUUUAUCAUUUUUUUGCACCGUGCGGGAUUUUCGGAAAUUUGUAGUUCCUUGCACAGCGCAGAUUUUUAAAAAAUUUUUGCACUGUGCGAAAAUUAAUUUUUUUUUUGACUUUGCACCGUGCGGAUUUUAUCAUUUUUUUUUUGCACCGUGCGGGAUUUUCGGAAAUUUGUAGUUCCUUGCACAGCGCAGAUUUUUAAAAAAUUUUUGCACUGUGCGAAAAUUAAUUUUUUUUUUGACUUUGCACCGUGCGGAUUUUAUCAUUUUUUUUUUGCACCGUGCGGGAUUUUCGGAAAUUCCUUGCACAGUGCAAAAAAGAUUUUUUGCGAAAAAAUUGUAAUUUCAGCACUGUGCAAAAAUUUUUUUUUUGUGACUUCGCACCGUGCGGAUUUCUCGAAAAACCUCGCACUGUGCAAAAAAAAAUAUAAUUUUUGCACUGUGCGAAAAAAUCUUUUUUCCUUUGCACUGUGCGGAAUUUUCGGAAAUUUCCUGCACAGUGCAGAUUUUUCGAAAAAUUUCGCACUGUGCAAAAAUCAACAAUUAAGCAGACAUAUUUUACCCUAAAUUUUCUCGCCUUUUAGCAUCGUGCAAAUGGCCAGGCGUUAUUCGAUGAGGUGUGCAGACAUCUAAACUUGCUGGAGAGUGACUAUUUCGGUCUGGAAUUUUUGGAUGGCUACGGGAAUCGAGUAAGUUUUGAAUCAUUUUUAUCCUUAAAAUGGUGCUAUUGUUAUUUUUGAGGCUUUUGAAGGGUAUUACUAAGGGUUUUAGAUGCUUCUUAGCCGUAUUUUACCAUUAAUCAAAAUUUUUUUAUAUUACACUAGGCAUUUUUGAUCCUAAAAAUUUUUAAUUUUUAAGUAAAUUAUAUCUCAGAAGCUUUUUAAAAGCCAUUUCUGACCUUUUUAAACCCCUACCUCCUAAUUUUACACCCCAAAAUUUCCAAAUUUAUAUUACACUUGCCCGAGUUUCAGUGCUCGAGUAAGUUUUGAAUCAUUUUUUAUUAUUAAAAUGAUGCUAUUGUUAUUUUUGAGACUUUUGAAGGGUAUUACUAAGCAUUUUUGGCCGUAUUUUACCAUUAAUCAAAAAAAUUUUAUAUUACACUAGGCAUUUUCGGUCCUAAAAAUCUUUAAUUUUUACGUAAUUAGUAUCUCAGAAGCUUUUUAAAAGCCAUUUAUGAGCUUUUUAAACCCCUACAUCCUAAUUUUACACCCCAAAAUUUCCAAAUUUAUAUUACACUUGCCCGACUUUCAGUGCUGGCUGGACAAAGACAAGUCCAUUCUGCGCCAAAUCACGGUCGCACAGAGCGACGCUCGUUUCUACUUCGUGGUCAAGUUCUACACCCCGAAUCCGGCCGAGCUGGAGGAGGAGUACACCCGAUAUCUGCUCUCCCUUCAGCUGCGCCGCGACCUCGCCCACGGCGAGUUCGUGUGCAACGAAAACACCGCCGCAUUACUGGCUUCGUUCAUUGUUCAGGCCGAGUGCGGCGACUAUUCGGCCGAGGACUACCCGGAUCACACGUAUUUGAGUGUCACAAGUUUCGUUCCCCAUCAGACCACCGCCUUCCAGAUGAAAGUCAUGGAAAAUCACAAGAAAUUGGUGUAAGUGCUCUCUAUUUUUGUAUUUCAUGAAGUGAACAAUACUUCAAAUACCUUAUCAAGCUAUAAAAUGAGUUUUAAAAACUGAUUUUUUGGUGGAAAAUGGAUACUUUUUGAAGUUUUUUGCCACAAAAUCCAAAAAUUUGCGAUUUUUUAAAAAAUUACUCUCUAUUUUUGUAUUUCAUGAAGUCAUAAAUGCCCCAGAGAUCUUAUCAAGGUAUAAAAUGAGUUUGAAAAACAGAUUUUUUGGUGAAACAUCGAUACUUUUUGAAGUUUUUCGCCAAAAAGUCCCAAAAUUUACGAUUUUUUUAAAAUUACUUUCCAUUUUUAUACUUUAUGAAGUGAAAAAAUACUACAAAGACCUUAUCAAGCUAUAACAAAUUUUAAAAGCUGAUUUUUUGGUGGAAAAUGGAUACUUUUUGAAGUUUUUCGCCAAAAACUCCCAAAAAAUUAUGAUUUAAAAAAAAAUUACUCCCUAUUUUACAUUUCAUGAAGUGAAAAAUACUUCAAAGACCUUAUCAAGCUAUAAAAAAUUUUAAAAGCUGAUUUUUUGGUGGAAAAUGGAUACUUUUUGAAGUUUUUUUGCCAUAAAAUCCAAAAAUUUCAAGGUUUUCGGCAAUUUUUCGAAAAAUUAAAAGCGUUUCUUGGCCAAUACUUGGCAAAGGCAAAGUCUAAGGCAUACUACAGUAUCUACAAAAGUUUGGGACCACAUUAUAUAGAACCCAUCGAGAUACAACCACUUAAAUUUACAUUUCUCAUCAAAAAUUUUGAUGUUUUUUCCAGAAAAAAAUCGUUUUAAAAUACGAGUAAAUUAACUCUGCCAGACCAUCCUUCCUUUCUUAUAAGUACUUUUGAUGUCGCUAAAAUCUAUUUUCCUCCAUAAUAAUCAUCCUUUUUUUAGCGGAAUGACCCCGGCGGACGCGGACCUGGCCUUAUUGGAGACGGCGCGUCGCUGCGACUUCUACGGGAUAAAACUGCAUCAGGCCAAGGAUCUGGAAGGCACGGACAUUGCCUUGUCAGUUGCUCAUAUGGGAAUCAAAGUCUUUCAGCAUUUGAAUUGUGCCUCCACCUUUUCUUGGGCCAAAAUCCGAAAGUUGUCGUUCAAACGGAAAAAGUUGAUGGUAAAACUGCAUCCGGAUCCAUAUGUAAGUUGAAUUUGAUAUUUUUAUGAACUACUCAAGCUGUGGAUAAAAUCUAACAACUUUAUUUUUGAAUUCCGCGGGAUUUUUGAUUUAAGUGUGGGCGCAGCUCGCCAUAGAUUAAAACGUUCGAUAAAUUCGAAAAAAGUGUCGUUUAUUUUUGCAUAAUUCUUCAUAAAGUAAUCAGUAAUGUUUUCGCUCCAGUUUAAUCAGAUUUUAGUCAUAACCUCGGGCGCAGCUCGCCAGAUUGUUAAAUUUCGAAAAAUAGAGUAAAAUCUGCGAAUUGAGUAAAAAAUUCUCGUUUAUGAGUUUUGUAAAAUACGCAUGGCUUUAAUUCGCGGUUUUAAGCCAGAUUUUUAGUCAUAACCUCGGGCGCAGCUCGCCAAAUCAUUAAUUUUUGAAAAAUCGAGUAAAAUCAGCAAAUUUUGUAAAAAAAUGUCAUUUAUGAGUUUUGUAAAAUACGCCAGUGAUAAAUUCGUAUAGUUUUAUAACUCUGGGCGCAGCUCGCCAUCGAAAAAAUUAAUUUUUUUUAACAAAAAACAAUAAAAAGUUUCGUUUUUUUUUCCAGCAAUUCCAAAAGGAAACCGCAGAAUUCAUCUUCGACAAUCGAAAUGAAUGCAAAAACUUUUGGAAGAAAUGCGUCGAACAUCACGCCUUCUUCCGCUGCAUCGACGUUCAACCCGAUCCCAAGAAGGAGUCUAAGUUCUUCUCCCGAGGAUCUUCCUUUCGAUAUCAUGGGAGGACACAAAAACAACUCAUCGACUAUGUUAGAGAACAUCACAAACGGAGAGAGCCUUUCGAACGGUGAGUUGAGGACUAGAAAUAGGGUGGAACUUGGGAUUUUAGGGACGAAAAACGUGAAAUUUUAUCAAUUUUAGAAAUUUUAGAGAUGAAAAACGUGAAAUUUGAUGAAUUUUGGAACUUUAGGGAUAAAAAACGUGAAAUUUUAUGAGUUUUCGAAAUUAUGGACAAAAACGUGAAAUUUGGCGAAUUUUGGAACUUUAGGGAUGAAAAACGUGAAAUUUUAUGAAUUUUUGAACCUUAGGGAUGAAAAACGUGAAAUUUUAUGAAUUUUUGAACUUUAGGGAUGAAAAACGUGAAGUUUUAUAAACUUUAAAAAUUAUGGACAAAAACGUGAAAUCUUAUAUGAAAGAUUUUAGGGAUGAAAAACGUCAAGUUUUAUCAGCUCUUGGAAAAAUAAUGUCCAUUUCUGAAUUUUACCCCACAAAAUCCUUUUUCAGCCUGAUCCGCCCAAGUGUCACACCUCGCGGCCAAAGCAUCCAUCACGUCCUAGACGCCACCCGCGACUCCUCCAUCCCCUACCAACCCGUCACGGCCUCCCAAGACAUUGAGAACAUCCGCCAACGCCGGCUCUCGGCGCAGAAACUGGCCGAAGAAAAGACGGUGAAAGUGGCGCAACGCCCCAAGUCCGCACACAGUAGGCCCACUUCGGAAUAUGUGCGGGAGGAUCGCGCCUGUUCGAGCGAAUACGAACCGAAAUCGGAGAGAUUGGAGCAUAACGGGAACAAGGUUGUCUACAAUCAGAACCCCAGCACCUCCGCCGAACCCGACCCGAUGAGUGUGUCGCUGCCGAAUGUGCUCGGAGAGGACAUCAAAGUGAUUUGUAGGGAGUUCCAGGUGGGAUUUUGGAGGAAAAUCGGAGAAAAAAUGGGACUAUUAUAUUUAUAUUACUUUAGGUCCGAGUGGACAAAGCCUAUCCGAGCAAGAGCGCGAGCGGAGAGAACUUCCUAAACCAAAGCCGGGACAACAUCAGCGAAGGAUCUUAUCGGUUGGAGGAGAAUUCAAGUCAAUCCGACGUCGCAACAACCUACUCGAAUGCGACCGAUCCCAGAGUGUAUUCGACCACUUUUACGACGAAAAGAGUGGGAAAUGUCAUCGUCAAAAAGGUCAAACGUAAGUUUUAAAAACCUUGUCAAACUAAAUGACUAGUUUGGAGACGGUUUCAUACCAUUUCCACCUUAUUUUAGAUAUUUUUGGGAGAAAAUUAAGGGUUUUGGCCAAAAUCUGUCUAAAACAAGGUCCCACGUCAAGCAAGAGCAUUUCCUGAACCGUUUCGAAAAUGUCGGGAAAUUAUCGGCACUUUUCCUCGCCCGAAAUAAUUGCGUUUUCUCGAAAAGGAAGAAUAAAGAUAAGAAAAUGAGUUUUAUCGGAUAGUGACAUUUCGUUUUGAACGAAUCACCAAAAAGGGGGCGGGAAAUUUUUUCUUCUAUUUUGGAUUGAUCCUACCUCUAUAAACCUGAAUACUCAAGAUGUUUUUGCCAUCUAGAAGACAGUACAAGCUAUUUUAAAAGCAAAUCGAACUAGAUGAACAUAAAAAAUCACGCGAAAUCCACUAAAACCGCCAAUUUUCAGCCUCAACCAAGCCAGUCCGUCCAACCAACAAAGAUUCGAGUGACGACGACUCCAGCAACUACUCCGACUGUCGGAUAUCGUCAGUCUCGGCGCCAGCUCGUCAAUCGAACCGGAUUUUAACGAUGAAUGCGAGUCAGGUGCGGGCGGGUUUCGCACGGUGCAAGGACAACAUCCCCGUGCCGAUUGACUGCCCUCCUCCCAAAGAGCCCACCCCGCCGGUCGCGAGUGUUGGAACAUGCAUCAACAUGUACGUUACGACAAGUUCGACGGCCGCUGGGACGGCUCCCGUCACAUCAACCACUUCCACGAGCACGAUAAUUCGACCGGUCGUUUUGAGUUCCAACUCUCCGCCCACCCCGAUCCGAAAGCCCAUUUUCAUAAAGCCGAAGGAGGGAGGAACGGCGGGGGCUGUGGUCGGUCGCCCAUCAACGUUCGAUCCGGAGGCGGCGAGCAGUGGGCCGGUUGUGAUCAAGUCCGAGAACUCCUCGUUCCGCCCAUUUAUAUCGAAUAUCGAUGCGGAACGGCGCUCCCCCAUCUAUGCUGGUCAUGUUUCAACUAGUGCUGCUUAUCACACCACCUACAACACGACCUCGGCCUCGAUUCCGGCCGGCAGUACGGCUACUACAAUAUCGGGCCAUAUAAACAACCCGAGUUUACCGUUCAACCCGUCCGGCCCGUUGCCGGGGAAGAUCAUUACUCGACAAAAUGUGGUGCUAACUCCGCAGGGUGUGGACGUGAAGCCGGAGAAACCGGCGGUUCCGCCGAAACCGAAGGACUUGCUAGAUAAGGGAAAACCGGCGCCAGAGAAGAUCUCCGAGAAAAUCUACGCGAUCUUCGAUCGGCCCGGACAAUGUAGUGUGUCCACCGUGAAACAGGACGAAUCUCAGAGCUCGCGGUUGGCCGAGACGGCCGGACCAAGCAGUGGAACUUUUUCGGUGACCGAAAGAACAAGUACAAGUUAUUCGGACAAGGACACGCUCAUCUUGAUCAAAACCGAGAAGAAUUCGAGUAAAUCCGACGCCGCCAAGCUUCUAGAACCGUUGGAAAGCAUCCUCAACGACGCCAAUCAGCUGGCAUUUCUGUCCGAGGGCAAAGAACGGAAGGAAGUCCCGUUCCCUACAUUAAUAUCGGUGGAAAGCGAGGAUCGCCCGGAUCUCAAGAAACUGCACUUGCUCAACGGCGAGAUCCCGUACACUUUGACUAUGAGGAAUGUUCAACAAACCCCAGCAGGCGCGAAUUACAACAACUAUGGAGAGGACAGCAAAGAGGGAAGUCCGGAUAUCAAAGGAAAGCCGACAAGAAGAUCUACAGACUCGUUGAGGGCGCGAAAAUCAAUUGAUUUGGUGGGUUACAGGAUUUAAAGUUAUAUUAGGUAACAAAAAUCAAAGAAAUCUGUCAGAAAUAAGAGUAACAACAAGAUUUCAGUCCAAGCUACCUAAAAUAAGGUUAUUUUUGUCAAAUUUUCUCAGUAACAAGCCUUGAAUAGUUCUUUCAGUUUGUUUCCCACCUUACAGAUGCCAGUAAAAUCAUUUUCAAACACUAAAACACAUCAAAAAGUCAUAAACCGACCUUAUUUUAGGUCAAAAUUUAAUUUUUCUCUGUUUCAACCUAAAUUUUGAUCUCAGACUAACACAAAUUCCUCUAUUAUCUUACCUAUGAGCUCCAAAUUACUAAUCGAAACUCCAUUUCAGGUCCAUCGCAACCGUCUUCCAUCCCUGGACAGUUUUUCCUCCCAAGACCACUCCAUAAGUCCAACCACGCCUGAGGCCGGAAACGUGAUCGAUUAUGUCUCCCGUCGACGCUCCACAAGCAGUGAUCGCUUCUCCAACAGUGGUGCGAUUUCCGCGCCAUGCGCUCGGCGGAAUAAAAAUCCAGAGCGGAGACGAACGCAGCCCGUUCAGCUGAGCAAAUCGACCGCAAUUGAGGCGGAAUCCCCGUCAAAUUCGGUACCAAACAAAGUGGAGGAGGCUAGGAAUGUCUCGGAGGACCAAACAGUUGGCCCGAGUUCUUCAUCGACGGUUGCAGCCAAAGAAAAUGAAGAAAAAUCGGCAGAUCCGAUAUUACCCAUCAAUCCAAAGCCUGCAAUUGCCCCGAAACCGAGUCUAAAGCAGGCUGAAGCCGAGAAACAGUCAGAUAGUAGCUCUUCAUCGGAUCUGCCAGCCCCUCCGCCAUCGACUGACCCAGUUUUGCCUACUACAACAUCAACUUCCACAACCUUCCCAAGUGCCCAACCCGAGCCAGCCGCAGUGCCUCCGGGGACCGAAGUGCCGGUUUCGACGCGAAAAAAGGAAACAGGUCUUCUGGAAACGGAUUUAUAG